AUGAAAAUAUUGCAAAACAAGCUCCUCUCCACCUGUGGAAAUACGGCUCAUGGACGUCUUGCUUCUAAGUAUGCGACCCAUGGUGGACAAGCUGUGACAGCACGAACAAUCAUAUCUCGUUCCUUCCAACGUCGUUCCCACCAUCAUUUCAAUCGAUUAUCAAUACACAAAUUACACACCCUAAAACAAGGGAAAUGUCGAAACCUGGAUUACACAAGUCGUUCCUUUGCUCGAUCGUCGGGAACUGGUGGUAACUCACCAGAUGUUGAAAAGGCAGUUACGUUUAUUGUGAACGUUGGGUAUGAGAGAGAGAUCGCCCAGGGAGUUGCUGAUGCGUUAAAGGAGUCAGGAUUAUCAGGAACUGCUCUGUUGGCAACCGCAAGAAUGCUAGCAGGUCGAUGGGAAGUCGGCGAAGAUGAGGGACUAGAAGCCUUGGCAGCCAGUGUCAAGAUGAGCCUUUCCAAGACCGAGGGCAAGAAAACCAUAAAGGUUGUCGUGGUGCCACCCAAUUCAUGGAAUUCAGCUGAAGGGGAGGAGGACGAAUCUUAUGUCGACCAAGAAAGCAUGAUGGCUCGUGCCUUUGAAGUGGAAGCCUUGGAGGGUACUUCGUUGACAGAUGUGGCCAAGUUUGGAGAUGGUGAAGGGGCAUCCACCCUCGGAGAGUACAUAGAGUGUGCAUGUGCUGGAAUCAUGGCUUGUUCCACUUGUCACGUGAUUGUAGAUGAUCAAUGGUUUGAAAAAGUAGGAAAGCCAUGUGAAGCAGAACAGGACAUGUUGGACUUGGCGUAUAGUCCCCGGGAUACGAGUCGUCUUGGAUGCCAGAUUGUGCUCGACGAAAAAUUAGACGGACUGGUGGUCAAGAUUCCGAAGGGGGCCAACAACCUCAUGGAUUUUGUACCAUUCCAGGACUAG